AUGUUGGCACAUGCUACGGCUCAUCAGACUCCUCAGACCACGUCGAGUGUUCAGCAGCCGUUCACCGAAACACCUCACGAGUUUACUGAUGAACAACCACACAUCGUCCCGCGGCCCACCGCCCAUCGAUUGCCAGUGCAGGUUGCAAAUCCUACCGUCGAGCUGUUCAGAACUCAGAUGCCCACUCAACCUCCGAAGCCAGCAAGCGUUCCAUUUGCGUCAGCAUCAGCGACGACACAGCCGCUACAGCCUGACCCACCACCACCUCUCCAGCGUCUCGAGCCAAUUCUCCGAGCAACUCCCAUUGCACGCGAUGCAAGACCACAGGAUGACACACAACUGCACCAGAGACAGAAGCAAGCUGUGCCAGUCGACAGGCAGCCUGCGCUCCCCAACCGCAACUUCAAGCUUCAGCUCAAGUCUGCGAGACAUCUUGGUCGCCGGACAAAGUCCAGAAAGAGGUCUUGUCUGGAUUUCGAGUCGAGUUCCGCAACUGGGGCGACAUGUGCCUUGGCCCUCGGCCAAGCCUGAAUCUGGGCUCAAUUACAAAACGCUGUCCUCGAAAUUGCCGACUUGAUUGGAACACAGCCAAGAUCAAGAAAAAUGACCAGCAGAUGACUCUUAGAUUUGACAUACGGUGCAUUGAGUGCGCUCAGGAAUUUGCAUUGUAUGAGCUGUACAAAGCUUUUGGCACACUCGCGGACAAGGACGACAACGAGGCAAAAUGCAGCGAAAAAGGUUGCCCCCACGAUCGGAUGUUCCAGGCACUCUACUGCCCACUCCACGUUGUUUCAUACACCGUUGGAGCUCACCCACAACCUUGGACAGCGGAAAAUCGGAGUCUAAUCUCCCAACAACUCAAGGCUGACACGCUUUGGGACAUUGACAAGUCGUCAAAUUUUUCCCUCUUUCUGGAGAGACACAAGCUUUCGAACGCGCCAAGAUUUUUCGCCAUCGACCUAGAAGGAUAUCUUGUCAGCAAGCCACCUGUAGUUGAACAGGCUGCUGCAGUUGGGGUCGAUCAAACCCUUCCAGUCAUCUUCAACAUUAAUAUCGACAAUCCUCGGCACGUUGAUGGAAAUUUGGGAUCUCCAGAUGCUGGAGAUUUUAAUGAAAAUCUUCUGUCAUUCGGCAAACGCGACUAUUGGCAUUACAACAAAAGUGCCUUAUCAGGGCAAUCAAUGAAUCCAACCCAAGCGGCCACAGUCAUUAAAAACAGUGGAAUAACUGAGAAUGACUAUUUGUUGGUUUGGCACAAAACUUUUGCGGAUGCCUCUGCCUUGAAGCACCUCCUUUCGCAGGCCGGUUUUGAUGGGGUUUUACCCCCCAACAGUCAUAUCAUUCGACUGCCGAGUCUCUUCCGAUACAAUAUCGAUCUACCUGAAGGGGUUUUGUGUUCUCUUGAAUUCCUGUUUUCUGCAUUUUUCCCUGACCACCCUCUUGGUCUCAGUCACCACGAUGCCUUGAUUGACAGCAAGAAGGCUGCUCUUAUGGCCUUACUUGCAGAGAGGCUAUGCAAGGGGGAAGGCACGGCAGAUUUACAAGGAUUGAACCGUAACGGUUCAAGCCCGGUACUGUAA